AUGGAGUCAAAGCAGCCGGCUAUCUAUGCUGUCUUGUUUAUAACAUUCGUCUUGGCCACAACAUGUUUGGCGCUUCGCAUAUUCAGUCGCUUUCUGAAGAAGACGUCAUUCUGGUGGGAUGAUUUCUUCGCGAUCGGAUGCUACGUUAUCGCGAUUGCUUGGCUCAUCACCUGCCCCGUCUGGAUCGGGAAGGGCCUAGGGCUGCACAUCACCGAUGUCACAUGGAUCAGUACCAGCGAAGCCGUCAUGCAAUCCAAGUUGAUCCUCUGGGUUGCAGAGAUCGUCUACGCUUUCGCCCUCUUCUUCGCCAAGAUGUCGAUUCUCUUCUUCUACUGGAGGAUAUUCAGUGUGACCAACCUCAGAUACCCAAUCAUGAUAUUGAUGGGUGCAUCGAUCGUCUGGAUCAUCAUCAGAACCUUCAUGUCCAUUUUUCACUGCAUCCCGGUUCAAGCCUUCUGGGAUCUCACCAUUACCAACAAGCGAUGCGAUAUCGACGACAAAAAGUUCUUUUUCGGCAGUGUCCUGGCACACAUGAUCAUCGACGUCGUGAUCGUGACUUUGCCGGUCGUUGAGGUCCAAAAGCUGCAGCUUCGCAAGGUACAGCGUUUAGGGAUAAUCGCCAUGUUCACAUUUGGCAUCUUAAUCUGCGCCGCCGCCGUUGCCAUCAUCGUAGAGGCUGCUAGGUUUGACGAUACAUCUGCCGAUCUGACUUGGAAUCUCACAAACAUUGUAAUCUGGGCGAGUGCUGAAGUAAACCUGGUGACCGUAUCAUGUUGUUUCCCGACAAUUAGGCCUGGCUUCAUGUACUUCUUCGGUCGCUUCGUUCCUAAUUCAACUCUCGGGUCCAACUCCAAUGGGUACGGCAGCAGCCACAGAUACGUCAACAGCCAGUCGCACCUCAAGUCGAUCAAGCUCGGCACGGUACCAAAGAGCAGGAGCAGAGACGAGGCAAGUUCAAAGUACAACCUUGCCGACUCCAUAAACGGCGACAACGGCGGCGACUUUGACGCCCAUGCGCUGGAUAGGCAGAAGGGUGUGCACGCCCAGACGAUUAUCACGGGGCGCCUUAAUGACGAUAUAGACAUCGAGAAAGGCGCUGCUGGCUGGAACGGAAUCGCAGUCAGGAAGGAAACGAGUGUGCGCAUUUCCGACGCUCAUCUUGACCCUCGCAGUAACCCUUAUGCAUCGGAUUCGGCGAGUUCGAAAUCGUAA